UAGACUCAUAAGAGGCGACCAAAAUCAUUGAAUAGUGAUUGUAAUGAAUAUUUUUUUAAUGACAUUAAAUGUAAUCAUACUUUCGUUGAAUUUAGUCUAUAUAAGAGUUUUAGUCGUAUUGCGCCAAACGCCACCCCCUUCUAAAGUCCAGAACAACUAAAUGGUACGGCCCACCCGCUCCUCGCUGUUUUUGUGUUCUCUUCCGAGGCGGAGAGAUCCGCCAAGUUGCGUUUUAGCAAGUCGCCGAUGUGGUGACCUACGCUGUAAUUCUGUCCUCUUUAAAACUAAAAGAAAACGUGAAAAAUUAAAAUUGACCUCGACGUAGCUCGGUGUAAAACAGAAAUGAGUGAUUAUCUGAUUUAUGAAUCAUUUAGCUCUUUCUGAAAGCCAGCACGCAGUGUUUGAGCGGAGAGGAAUCACACCGUAAACCAGGAGCCUCAUGUUUUCCACCGGCCAAGAGGAGACCUGCGCCCCGUCCAAAGACCCUGUCAAGUACGGGGAGCUGGUGGUCCUGGGGUACAAUGGGUCUCUGCCAAACGGAGAUCGAGGUCGGAGGAAAAGCAGAUUUGCUCUCUACCGGAGGACCAAGGCCAACGGGGUUAAGCCCAGCACCGUGCACAUCCUCAACACGCCACAGGCUAGCAAGGCUGUGAACUGCAAAGGCCAGCACAGUAUCUCUUACACGCUGUCUCGGAACCAGACCGUGGUGGUGGAGUACUGCCAUGACAAAGACACAGACAUGUUCCAGAUCGGCCGCUCCACGGAGAGCCCCAUCGACUUCGUGGUGACGGACACGGUGUCGGGGGCCCAGGAGGGCGAGGACACGCCCAUCACCCAGAGCACCAUCUCCCGCUUCGCCUGCCGCGUGGUCUGCCAGCGCGGCCCGCCCUUCACCGCCCGCAUCUACGCCGCCGGCUUCGACUCCUCCAAGAACAUCUUCCUGGGGGUGAGCGAGAAAGCCGCCAAGUGGAAGAACCCGGACGGUCACAUGGACGGGCUGACGACCAAUGGCGUGCUGGUGAUGCACCCCAGGGGCGGGUUCACGGAGGAGUCAAAGCCCGGCGUCUGGAGGGAGAUCUCGGUGUGCGGCGACGUGUACACGCUGAGAGAGACCCGCUCGGCCCAGACCCGGGGCAAACUGGUGGAGCACGAGAGCAACGUGCUGCAGGACGGCUCGCUGGUGGACCUGUGCGGGGCCACCCUGCUGUGGCGCACGGCCGACGGCCUCUUCCACACGCCCACGCAGAAGCACCUGGAGGCCCUGCGGCAGGAGAUCAAUGCGGCGCGGCCCCAGUGCCCCGUGGGCCUCAACACGCUGGCCUUCCCCAGCAUGCAGAGGAGCCGCGCCCUCUCCUCCCUGGAGGAGAAGCAGCCCUGGGUCUACCUGGCGUGCGGCCACGUGCACGGCUACCACAACUGGGGCCACCGCUCGGAGCAGGAGCCCAACGCCCAGCGUGAGUGCCCCAUGUGCCGCGCGGUGGGCCCCUACGUGCCGCUGUGGCUGGGCUGCGAGCCCGCCUUCUACGUGGACACGGGCGCGCCCACGCACGCCUUCGUGCCGUGUGGACACGUGUGCUCAGAGAAGUCCGUCAAGUACUGGUCAGAGAUCCCCCUGCCCCACGGGACGCACGCCUUCCACGCGGCCUGCCCCUUCUGCGCCACCCAGCUGGGCCUCUCCCAGGGGUGCGCCAAGCUCAUCUUCCAGGGCCCCAUCGACUGAGCGCGAGGGCCCCGGCCGUCGGUACCGAGAUGCUCCCAGAGUGGCACCAUGCUGUGAAGCUGUUCUUAUUAUACUGCAUUAGGAUUUACUUUAUUUUGUUCCGUUAUUUUUUUGAUUCGACAGAUUUUAAACCCAGACUUUAGAAAGGAGUGAGAUGUUUUUGAAGGUCUUCAUGGACCGUGGGUCGGACCCUACGGGGGGUUUCGGAGCCUCCUUUGGGUUCCUUUGCUCCCCCCCGGCCUACAGAGAGGUUCGGCCCAGCAGAUCAGAGACACCCCCUCACCUCCUGAAUGCGUUAAGUGGACACGCCUCUACUCCGAGCCCAUGGUGGACUGAGCUCCGGUCGGGUCAUGGGAGGUGAACCCUGUUUUACCCUGUGCUCUAACAGAACUGACUCAUGCACAUGACACAGAGGCAGGUGUGGACGAGGGUCCGGGAGGGGGGGACCCCCGUGGCGGCCGGAGACACGGAGCCAGACAGCUGGACUGUUGGCUGGGAAGGGGGCCAGUCGAGACCGCACUUUCCCGCGGUCCUAAUGACAUCCAGACCCUGGCCCCUAGAGAGGUGAUCCUGAUCCAGCGAAGGCAACGGACUGCUUUUAAUAAAGAUGAGGCCGCUUCUGUUGGGAGGGCAGAGAUAUAUUCCAGUGCCUCACAUUCGGUUCAACUACGGAAAUCGAUUUUGCUUUUUUUCAAGGUGAGGAAAGCUCUCUUGCUUUUGGCAAAGGGAGUGCUAGAUUUUGAUAGAUUACAGACAUGUAAAUCAAAUGAGUUUCCUUCCAUAUGUUUUUUUUUUUUUUUUUGUCAGUCAGAAGAGAUAUUUUACUACACUGAGGCCGUUGUACUGUUUUGUAAUGAAAAUGUUAAUAUAUUUUUCUCUCGCCUAAGUUUUGCGUGUAUAUAUGUACGUAUGUCUAUUGCUGUGGGAGCUUGCUAACCCUGCCCUUUGACCUUAUAACCCCUGUGGCUGUUUCUAGGAUCCAAGUGCCCCCAAAAAGUAAAAAACCAGCGAAAUUCAUCCACCUCACAUUACCACCACCACCCAAACCAACACAUCCAAACACCAAACCCACCCAAACUUUCCAGACCUUACUUCUCCAACCAACACCAAACAAAGCGAUCACAAAAUCCAAAUCUAUCUUUUGGUGGUUUGGACAAUGAAUGUAAUUCAAUUACAUUAACGAUCUUACCAACAGUGCUUUAUUACCGUAUGUCAUGAAACCCCUCUCCCAACUGUACAGAUGCACAUUGUUGAUGUCGCCCAGAAUGAAGACUCCAUCUUGAAUGGAUAAUGCACAUGCAUCCUCUCUUGGCAUGACUCACUAACACUAACACUCGCCUGCUCUAGCUUUAGUCUCCAGGGGGGGCAUCCAAUUACCUUAUUGGUUUUUUUUAUGCGAUCGAUUUCAAGGAGCAAAAUCUCAGCAGCACCAAAAGAUUAUACCAAAACCUAGAAACGGUGUGUUCUCCCCAAGCUAAGAAGCUCCGACCUCUUUGUUGGAUACAGAGCAUUGGGCGUAAACGUGAUCCUUCAUCCAGACGCUGCUACGAUGACACGUUGACGUUAAAGGGCUGCAUGGUUGAACUCGCCGGCUCAGCCGAUUAAAGAUGACGUUGGCAGCAGCUCACCCAAUACCAAAUAUGUUAACCUCCUGCUGUGUGCAAUCAAAGUUGGCCAAAGUGCAAAUGUAUUGGAGCUGGAGAGCGGUCGUACGGUGCCCGUAUGCAGAGAUCCAGUAGUUUAUAGACUAGAAUACCGUAAUACGGUAUUCUGAGAUGAAACGAACGCGGGACUAGCAGAGCUAUGUUUUGAAGAAGAAAACCUCCACAUAUGGGUCUUAUAAAUGUAGACCAAUAAAAAAAGAUAUGAUCUUAAAGGUGGGCUGCUGAGAAUACGAAAAGAUACAUCCUUUGUCUUUCCCAUGAAACGUGGCUCGCAGUGUGUUGCGACCUCUGCCCAGAUUGAUACCUGCAGAGCGUUCACCAGAUGUCCUUUUUAUGUCUCAACACGAGGCAUGCAGGUCAAGGAGGGAAAGUAUAGCAUUCCUCCUUCUAACACUUGAGCUAAACAGCACUGCCCGUUGCUGUCGACCCAGCGUUAACAGCUGCGCCGUAGCUGCAGUAAUAACAUUCCUCCUUGGUAAACACGGGUGGGGCCCUCAGUAGACCGCAGGGCUCGUUCUGUGUACCUGCAAGGUUCCUGUGCAGGGACUCUGCACACGGGUCAUGGAACAGCCCGAUGCAUACCUUGCAAAGAAUAAAGUUUUUGUUUUUGAAAAAAAAAAAUAAGCGUAUCGUGUGGAUUGUGUUAUUAUCACGUCUGUUGACGUGUGAAUGAUCAGUUAAAGGCGCCUUCACGGAUCCGUUGGUGAAAUGCAAUUGCCAUUGAUGAAGCUGUGGGAACGAGGUUAGGGGCGAUUUGCAGUACAUUUCCCAGUGUCCAAUGAGAGGGCUGCUUUCUGUACGGCAACUCUGUAAGAGAAUUUAGGGUCUAGUAGUUGAACAGUAAUCAGCUGUUAAAUCACUCAUGUUGCACACACAUUUCAUCAUUGUUACUUCCAAUCUAUUUUUAUUUUAAAAUAUUGAUAACUCUUUAGAACAGCAUUUGUUUGAGAUAAGGGAGGGAGUCUCUUGAUGUCUAUUUUAGUGAUGGCUACAUGGUAUGCCUUAUCAACCUCAUUUUCAUUCAGUACCGCAUCAGCAACAUUUAUCUUUUAUAUGGUGUGUUGAUGUAGUUUUGAUCUUCGGCCACAGGAGGGCAGUAUUUAAUCAUCAAUGGAGACAUUGGCCCGCUUCGUUAGGGUCUUUGGGCUAUCAACCACCAGCUGCCGAUAUAUAAAACCGAACACGGUUGUUAAAAAAUCUAAAACAGACAUAAUUGGGAAGACUUCAAUGACACAUUGUCACAAAUUGAAUUAAGCCUAACUGAAUUAACAUGCUCAUAAAUGUCUCACAAUCAGCCUUGUUGCAAGAACUCACAAUAAUACACUAUUGUAGUGAGCCAAAUUAAGUGUCAGUGCAGAGUUUUGCAAAAGUUUGGAGAUGUAAUUUGCUUAAUUGCUCUUUUCGCUUUCGAGCAGCCUAUUGGUGUAGUUCUUUUUGCUGCAUAUGCCUUUAUAUAUUGGCGCUGGUUUUGUUGAAUAACCAUAACCUAAAACAUUGUUUCUUAAACAUGAUCCUUCUUGUGUAGCCUAUCUGAAGCCGCUGUUUUUUUUUAAAAACCCGCUCGUUCUUUUCAUGAUAUCCUAUUACAAGGUUGUAACCACAUUUAAUCUAUAAAAAGUAAUUACCCUAUGAAAGACAUGAACACAAAAUGGGCACAUAUGUGUGCAAUGCAUUUAGUCUUUGUUUUAAUAUCUAUGGCGGCGAUGUUUCUAUCAUUCAUGAGGCUUCUCUAAACUGAGGACAUAUAAAAAGGAUUUAAAUACUAACAUGACAGUCGGGCAUCGGAGGGGGGGGGGGGAGGAGCAGCGGGGGGCUACGCUUCCCAAUUAACAUUUCUACGGUGCGUGGAGAUGGGUUCAUGUGCCUGCACAUUAGUCCGUGUUUCUGAAUGACAGAGGAGACACUGAAGGUGACAGCAUGCUAAUUUGGUGAUUGCUGGUUGGCUCUGCGUUCCUAAGCAGGGCAUGGGGAUGCAAAAUGUCAAAUUCUAAAACACACACGUUUUCCUGGCCCCCCGGAGCCAGCCCGCUGAAAUGAGGAAGAACGAAGAAGUGACCGACGCGAUAUGUUGGAACAACCGACAACCAAUGAUGACCCAAUGAUGGGGCCAUCAAUCAGCGAAUAAUCAGCUGUAAUGAUGGUAACUUGAGUUCUAAUAGCACACAUGUUCACUUUAUAUGCCAACCAUUGGAUGCUGGGCAAGUUCUCAUUCGCAACCGUUAACUUACAAAACAAGCUUUCUGUCAGUUCCAGCGCCGCUUUGGUUUCUGUGAGGGGUUUACUGCCACAUUGUUGAAGCUUCUCUGUCUGACAUUCAUCAAGGCCGUGCUGCAAACGAGCAGGAGAGAGAGGAAGGGGAGGGAAAAAAAACAGACGAGUGUGCGAUUUUCAGGCUCAUGACAGCCGCAGACUGGAUGCCAACACAAGACCCAUCCAGGGAGAUCAAAGCUACAUGCAAAUGGAAAGAAUAAUGGGAAAAGGAAACGGAAAGAUAUACUAAACUGUCCUUUUAGUUUUGAUGGCCAGAGAAACCACUCCGUUUUUUGGUUUCAUCAAAAGCCAGUCAGCAGUUAAUGUGUGUUGACACUCGACAUAUGGAAGACAAAUCUCAAGAGGGAAAAAACAGUCCCUCAGAAGUCUCUGCCUUUACUAUAAGUUUGUUUUCGUAAAACCCCUCCUUAACUUUGCAUUGAAACAGAAAUCUGAGCAGGGCACAUCUCCUUUCAGGUCCUCUGUGAGGAGGGUCAGCGUCUUACAAAAUAGAGACAAAUGCUAGGGACACGAUGGAAGAAAAAGCCCUUACAAAGUAUUCACAUAAACAACAACAACCACAGCACCAGGUCUAAGCGGUGUCCACCUGGUUUCACGGCGCCUCGCUUGUCAAGCCCUUGGAAAUGCAGCAGGAGAGAUAAGAGAAAUCCAACCGGCCAAUUUAAUGCAAACUAUUUCAAAAUGUCAAACAAAAAAAACACUUUUUGCUUGUUUCGCGUCUGCUGACAGCAGCUUUGCACCAGCACAAUUACACAAGCCAGGCAGUAUGGCGUGCAGUUUGAAAAGGAUUAUGAUUGUAUCAGUGCCUAUUUACUAUUUUGUGUGGCUCUCGAUGACAGUUUCUGCUCAGCCUACUCAUCUUAUUACUUUCUCAAUGAAUAACAAAUGACUUGUCAAAUAACAUGCAAAUAAACAGACGAAAUUGUGUCUCUUGAA